CCAUCCUAACUUCCACGCGCAUAUAAGCGAAGCGUGUAUGCGCGUCGCCUUCUCUUCCUCUUUCCUUUUCCUUUCCUCAUUGCAUCCUCUCUCUCUCUCUCUCUCUCUCUCUAACAUAGCUGAAGUGACCCCAUCAGUGAAACAAAAACCAUUACCUUUUCUCUCGAAAAAUCCCCAUAGAUCGCUGGGCUCCGGCAUGGCACUUCGCCGGAAACUCAAACUCCGGCCACUCCAGACUCCUUUCCCUGGUUAAAUGCUACCAAAAAGCUUCAACUUCAGCAUCUCUAUCCGACUCCGCAAGAAUGACGACAACGACGACUCUACUACUGGAUUAAAAAAAGAACCUUUGAAAGUUCGGAAUCCCCAAACAAGACCACAGCUUUUGCCUUCCUUUUCAUUUGGGUCCUCGCAAUGGCGGCUACGAACACUUCGGCAUCACAGCCAGUGGACUCAACCGCGGCCGCCCCCUCCUCAGUCUCAACAGACGAGCUGACGGCGAAGGCCGUACACAAGAGGUACGAAGGGUUAGUGAUGGUUCGUACCAAGGCCAUAAAGGGGAAAGGAGCGUGGUACUGGGCGCACCUGGAGCCCAUGCUGGUUCAUAACAGUGACACGGGCCUUCCCAAAGCGGUCAAGCUCAGGUGCUCCCUCUGUGACGCUGUUUUCUCGGCCUCUAACCCGUCCCGCACCGCCUCAGAGCACCUCAAGCGCGGGACCUGCCCCAAUUUCAACUCCGUGGCCAAACCCAUUUCCUCUAUCUCACCUUCUUCUGCUUCCCUUGCUUCCCCGGCUCCUUCUCUGCAACCCAACAAUCGUAAGCGUAGCUCGUCUUCUGCUUCAGCUGGUGGUGGUGGGGGCGGCUCGGGUUCUUCGUACCAGGUACCACCGCUGGCGAUAGUGGAUCCGUCGAGGUUCGAGCUGGCGUACACGCAGGCGGUGUCGGCGACGGCGGGGUCUUUGCUGCCACAGCAGCCGCAUUUGAUGCUCUCUGGUGGGAAAGAAGAUUGGGGAGCCCUUGCUAUGUUGGAGGACAGUGUGAAGAAGCUCAAGAGUCCGAAAACAUCACCUGGGCCGACACUCAGUAAGAGCCAGAUUGAUUGCGCGCUUGAUUUUCUCGCUGAUUGGGUCUUUGAGUCUUGUGGGUCGGUCUCUUUUUCGACCUUGGAGCAUCCCAAGUUCCGAGCUUUCCUUAAUCAAGUUGGGUUGCCGGCGGUCUCCCGUAGAGAUUUCACCGGCGCUAGAUUGGACGCUAAGUAUGAAGAAGCCAAGGCUGAGUCUGAAGCAAGGAUUAGAGACGCUAUGUUCUUUCAGAUUGCCUCUGAUGGGUGGAAAUUUAAGAAUUAUGGCGUUUCGGGGGAAGAAAGUUUGGUGAACUUAACCGUGAAUCUCCCAAAUGGGACUAGUUUGUAUCGUAAAGCAGUGUUUGUCAGUGGCUCUGUGCCUUCCAAGUACGCAGAGGAGGUUUUGUGGGAGACAAUCAAGGGCAUUUGUGGGAAUGCUGUGCAGCAGUGUGUAGGAAUAGUUGCAGACAAGUUUAAGGCCAAGGCACUGAGGAAUUUGGAGACUCAGAAUCACUGGAUGGUUAAUCUUUCUUGUCAGUUUCAGGGGUUCAAUAGUUUGAUUAAGGACUUCAGCAGGGAGCUUCCGUUGUUCAAGACGGUCGCUGAGAGUUGUUUCAAGCUCGCUAAUUUUGUCAAUUACAGGUCUCACAUUCGGAAUAGCUUUCAUAAAUAUCAGUUGCAGGAGUAUGGACACUCAGGGUUGCUAAGACUACCGUUGCGCGAGUGUGAGAGUGUAAACUUUGGGCCUGUAUAUACAUUGGUGGAGGAUAUACUGAAUUCAGCUCGAGCACUACGGUUGGUUUUACUGGAUGAAUCGUACAAGAUGCUAGCAAUGGAGGACCCAGUUGCGAGAGAAGUUGCAGAGAUGAUUCAGGAUGUGGGGUUUUGGAAUGAUUUGGAGGCAGUGCACUCGUUGAUUAAAUUGAUCAAGGACAUGGCUCAAGAUAUUGAGACGGAAAGGCCAUUAGUUGGGCAAUGCCUCCCACUUUGGGAUAAGCUUAGAGAAAAAGUGAGGGAUUGGUGUUCCAAGUUCCACAUCGCAGAGGGACCGGUAGAGAAGGUGAUUGAAAGGCGUUUCAAGAAGAAUUAUCACCCAGCUUGGGCUGCUGCUUAUAUACUCGACCCUCUUUAUUUGAUUAGGGACACUAGUGGAAAGUACCUUCCACCUUUCAAACGCUUGAAUUCUGAGCAGGAAAAGGACGUGGACAAGCUCAUAACCCGGCUUGUUUCCAGGGAAGAAGCUCAUAUUGUGCUAAUGGAACUUAUGAAAUGGAGAACAGAAGGGCUCGAUCCAGUCUAUGCACGAGCUGUACAGAUGACGGAGAGGGACCCCGUUACUGGAAAGAUGAGAAUUGCCAACCCGCAGAGCAGUAGGCUUGUGUGGGAAACGUAUCUUACUGAGUUUAAGUCGCUAGGGAAAGUUGCAGUUAGGUUAAUCUUUCUUCAUGCAACUUCUUGUGGAUUCAAAUGCAAUUGGUCUUUCUUGAGAUGGGUGUGUGCCCAUGGGCAAUCAAGGGCGGGUAUGGACAGGGCUCAGAAGUUGAUAUUCAUUGCAGCUCAUUCGAAACUUGAGAGACGGGAUUUUUCAAGUGAUGAAGAUAAGGAUGCAGAGCUGUUCACCUUGGCCAACGAUACAUUUACAGGCUCUAGUUGGUUAUAUCAAGAGGACAUUGGUUACUCCAAACUAACCCCGGUCAUUUCCUUCUCAGAGCCUAAGAAGGAGAAUGAUCGAGAGGGUUUUUGCUUGGAAGAUCCAAUUGUUCUUUUUGCAAGCCUCUUGUGGUCGGUCUCUUAGCUAAUCCAUGAACUCCCUCAAGAAGCUUAGAAGCAUUCGACAAAGAUAUAGUUAAUGGCCUGGAGAGGCCACCAUAAAUGGUUGGUUGUUAGUAGAAUAGGUUGGACCAUGAUUUUUAGAAAGAGGAACAGUUUGCCAAAAGGAUCCGAGAAGUAUUUGACUAGAAAUUUCGGCAGUGAUGAGGCGGCAUCUUCUAAAGGCCUGCAGAGAGAGUUUGCUUCCAGCCGGGUAUAGUUAUGUGGGUCAACUACCUCGUAAGGACCUAAGAGUACACCUUUCUAGCUGGAAGAGCACUUUGUUACUGUUUCCAUCUUCAAACAUAUAUCCUGGUUUUUGUGUCUUUGAGAGAGUGAAGCCCCACAAUUGCAACAAGUGGACGUCUUUGUCCAAGAUUUGUUUAUCAGAGAGCAAUCAGGGAUUUUAAUAUUAUUUUUAACCCAAUCAAAUCAGGGUUACUUCUCUCUUAAACAUUCUAAAGCUCAUGAAGUUCAUGCAGACUUAAAUUGGGUGAUGCCCCCCGUGAUUACGAGAAAGGUCUCGAGAGGUCCCAGAGCAAAGAAGACUUGUCGGCUCGAAGCAACACAGGAGAUAGAUGCUUGAGACUGAUUCUACAACAAACUUUGAAUCGAUUUUUCUGGUUUCAAACAACCUUGGGAUCGUUGAAAACCAUAUUCAACAGAAACUGGUAGUGCAUGCAGUACUGGUUUAUCAUUAUUUUUUAGGAUAUGUUUGCAAGCAAUCGCAUGCAGUUACAUGUUGGUAGGUUCAUUGAUUAUCCAAGAAUAUGUUGUCGGGAUAUGCAUGUCGUCUCAAAAAAUAAUCAAUUCUCUAAAGCUAUUAUAGCGCCAUUAUUUCCAACGAGUGUCCAUUGAAUGGCAUUAAAUGAGAUGUUUAUGUACUGAAGAAUGGAACGCGUAUUUACGAUCAUGUUAAUUUGCAGGCCAGAGAAAAGAUGUACGUGCUAUGCUAAUUGGAAGUACUGCAACAUUAUUGGCUACCAUGUUGUACCCUAAUGUUUUUGCAUGGCAUCACACGCUAUGGCUACUAGAUACAACUUUCUUUAUGCCAGAGGAGCAUAAUAAUUAUGCAGGUGACUUGACACCAAACGGGAAGUGAAAUAAAGCGGUUCGAUGAUCUGUUGGUGAAUCUUUUCUCAAGACAGCAAAAUUUCAAAGUUGCUUAUUUCCAAUUUCUCGGAUUUCUAUAAAUCUUAUAUUAUCUUAUCAAAAAGAAAAGUGAAUUCACGUAUUCAUUCA